AUGUCACACGAAGAGCUCCACCCCUUCGACGGCCUCAUCAUCGAAACUCUGCCGGCGGACCUGCAGUUGGAUUUUGUGCGCCAGCUCUGGGCCCCGCCCGGCAACACCCCACGCGGCGGCGCGGAGAAGGCUCUCGUGACGGCGAGGAAGCACUCCAUCCUCUCCACCGGCGGCAAGAGCGACGACGAGCGCAUCGUCUGCGAGCGCUUCUUCGAGUACUACCUGGGCCAGUGCACGCACGCGCUGCGCGACGGCGGCAAGCACGUUUCUGUCCGCACACACCGCGACAUUCUUGAGCUCGCCUCGCUGAUCAAAGACCCCGAGAACACUCGCCAUGACGUAGCGCACAGGCUGUGCUCGCCGUACGAUGACGACGAUACCAUCAGCAUAAGCUCUUCGUGCAUUGCGCCUGACACACUGGUGACGCUGAAGAAGCCCCAGGAGGAUGCUGACGCCGCCGAAGAGGACAGCGUUUAUGGCUCCAUUGAUCUUGUUGCGCGACUGCUCACCAUGAUCAACUUCGGCGGGCUGGAUAUCGGCGUGGGCCCCUGCGGUCGACUGACGUGGACAGACGGCUCCCUGAGCCAGUCAUGCCAUCGGUAUUUCGACAAGACGCCGACUCUGUCGAUGAAGGCCAUACAGCUCGAGAAAGUUUUCAACGCUCGCAACCUGCAGCGCUUCACAAACAUGCGGAUCGAAUGGACCGAUAACCUUGCCGAUCAUCUGCGCAUGUGCGAGUUCGACAAGAAGAUCUGCCUCUUCCAUCAUGUAGCUUUCUUGGAGAAUCACAAAUGCGGCAUACUACGCCAGGACCUCAUACACGAGACCUUGAAGACCAUUGACCUCCUCUUUCCGUCUUCUGAUCCCAAAGUCCGGCUCUGGUACGAGAAGCAUCGAUACGAGCACGGUCUCGAUCCGACGGCUGCGAAGCACGGAUCCUUGCGGGCGGAAGAUCGCUUGAUAGACAACUUUUACUAUUGGAAAGACCGGAUAUGUAUUUUGAAGCAGGAGUUCGAUGAGGGUACGCCGCAGACAUUUCGGCAGUGGUGGUGGGACAGAAGAAGUGGCCCGCAAUGGUACACUUUCUGGAUCGCUAUAAUGGUACUUGUGCUCACUAUCUUUUUCGGCAUCAUCCAAUCCGCAGAAGGAGCCUUGCAGGUUUACAAGGCAUUUCAUCCGACGGAGAGCAACUAG